AUGUAUUUACCUUAUCCCCACUCCAAUUUCAGUGAACUAAUAACGCAUAGAAUACUCCUCGAAAGUAUACAAAGAGACUUUAUCUUAAGCAAGCUUCAAGUUGCUCAGGGGGCAGCUUAUGAUGACUUCUCCUAUACAUCUAGGGGUGAAUGUCACCCUGACACGCGCCUCGAAAUCCUUGACACCAUAUACAAGUGGGCAGCCGAUUCAUCUAGUCCAUCCAUCUUCUGGUUGCAGGGGAUGGCUGGAACAGGCAAAUCUACCAUUGCGCAGACAGUGGCAAAGAAACUAGACGGUGACAAUCUAGGCGCAAGUUUUUUCUUCAAACGAGGUGAGGGCGAUCGUGGAACUGCUCGGCGGUAUUUCGCAACAAUCGCGAGCCAAAUGAUCCGCAAGCAGCCUAUUCUAACGCAGGUUCUCCAUGAUAUAAUUCAAGAAGAACCAGAAAUUGGAAGCAAGAUGCUUGAGACCCAGUUUCGAGAAUUGUGGGUUCGUCCUUUCAAAGAACUUCCUCCACUUGAGCCAACCGCGCAGCCGAAGACGAUUGUGGUUGUUAUUGACGCGCUCGACGAAUGCGAUCCAUUGGAGGACGCAGGUCAUCUGAUCAGGCUCCUAACCGAAAACAAUAUCACCUCUCCUAUCAAACUCAAGAUUUUCCUUACCAGCAGACCAGAAUACCACAUAAGCUGCCAGUUCAACAAGACCAAAAAUUUCCUUCAGAACAUGAUACUGCAUCGCGUGGAAAAAUCUAUAAUCCAGAACGACAUUAGGACUGUUUUAACAAGCGAUAUACAUGAAUAUAAAGAGCAGUAUAAUCGAAAUUCAGAAGUGAUGGAGCAAGAUCAACUACUCUCAGUUGACUGGCCUGGAGAAGAAAUAUUUGAACGACUAGUUCAGAUAGCGAGCCCUCUAUUUAUCUCUGCUGCAACAAUAUCUCGAAUGCUCAGAAACGACCAGUGGCCAGCAACGCCAGAUCAAAAACUUGACCACAUACUGAAGUUCAGUACAAAGGGCGAAGGUUAUGUGGAAGACUUGUACCGUUCGAUUUUGGCUCAAAUCAUGGACAAAACUCCAAUUUAUGCCAGAGACAAAUUUAUCGGCGAAUUUCAAAAGAUUGUCGGGUCCGUUGUCCUCCUAUCUAGCCCUCUCUCUGUUGCCGCCCUUUCCAGAUUGCUUGGAUUUCAACAAAGAGAAAUAUACAGCAAAUUGAACCCUCUUUCUUCUGUGUUGGACAUCCAAUCUACAGACGUACCGGUCAAACUGUUUCAUCUCUCAUUCCGGGAUUUUCUAUUAGACAAGAAGUCAUUUAGUGUUAAUGGCGGCAAUAGUUCUUGCCAAAGUCUACAAAUCGAAGAAACGACUACCCAUGCCUGGUUAGCAAAGAGAUGUCUACAACUCCUCUCUACAGAUUUGCACAACGAUAUCUGCAAUCUUCAGGAUCCAGGUGCGAGAAUAUGGGGUGUUCGAUCAAAGGAAAUUAAAGAGCAUUUACCCCCAGCGAUGGCUUAUGCAUGCAUCUAUUGGAUUCACCAUGUGGAAGAGGGAAAGCUAGUACUCCAAGAUGGAGGACCAGAACAUAAAUUGCUAGAAACCAAGAUGCUGAAUUGGAUCGAAGCAUUGGCCUGGCUCAGAAGAUUAACCCAAGGAAUUGAACUAAUACGCGCCUUGGAAAGACUUAGCCAUUGUUUUAAAAUGUCAAAACUACUCCAGGAUGCUACUAAAUUUAUUCUCUAUUUUAAGUCAGCAAUUCAAGAAGCGCCAUUACAAAUUUAUAACUCAGCACUCGUCUUUUCACCAACGAACAGCAUUAUUCGGAAGACUUUUGAUUCAAUUCGUCCAAGCUACAUCAAACAGAUGCCACAGGUCGAUUCCGAAUGGUCAGACUAUAUCCAGACUUUGGAAUUAAGAAAUAAUGAUAGGCCAUUAGAUCUUAUCUUUUUGUCUAGUGGAAAAUUGAUAGUUGCCUGCGAGAAAGGUCUUGUCCAGAUCUGGGACCUGAAGAUUGCUUCUUGCCUCCACGAGUUGAAAGUCGAGGAAGAAGAGAUUAAGAAGUAUCUUCAAACCCCAAAUGGCAGACUUAUAGUCAUAGGGAAGAGGCAUGUACAGCUUUGGGACAUCGAAAAUCGACGGCAUCUGGAUACAUUCAAGCAUCAUAUGGAAGUUAUUGAUUGGUUCACAACCUAUUCACAAACUGGAGAUGAUCUUUUCAUGUUAUCUCCGGGGGAGUACAAUGCUGCUAACCUGCUGUCUAGAGAAUCCACAAGGAUUCAAGUCAAUUGGGUACCUGAACUGCGUCGGUCACCCAUCUCUAAAGAUGGCAAAUGGGCAGCCUUUCGCGAGGCAAAAAAAAUCAUCAUUUGGAAUCUCCAUGAAAACGCGAUUUGCCGAGAGCUUAACGCCGAUUGGACUAAGAACUCGGAAGUCAUCUUCGACCAUGAUGGACGAUAUCUGAUCGUUGGAGGAGACAAAGGCGAAAUUCGGUUCAUUAAUAUCAGCACGGGAGAAACUGAAAAAAAAAUUGACGCUCAAGUUGGAGAUAUUGGGAUGCUCGCAAUAUCCACGAACAAUGAGACACUCGCAAUCGUAGGCGACCAAACUUCAAUUACGAUCUGGGAUAUCGAAAAUCAAGUUUUACGACACGUGCUUACUGGUCAUACGAACCUCAUCUAUCGCAUAGCCUUUUCCCCCGACGAUAAAACACUUGCAACCUACUCAAACACCACAGUCACGAUUUGGGACUUGCAUCUUGCACCAUCUACAUAUCCUAACGCCCGUACUUCUGGUAAAGUUAAAAAUUUGUUUCUUAGUCCAAACGGUCAAACGUUCUAUCAUGCAGAAGAAAGGGCUAUCGGCAUAUGGGACUUGAAAAACAUGAACUGCAUCGAAAGAUUGGACAUUGGACAACCUCGUCCGAUGAUCAAUAGCGUUUAUUUUUCAAAUUUUACGCCACUGGCUGCAACCUUGUUCGUUGAUCGAUUAGAGAUAUGGGAUUUGACCAAUCAAUGUGCUUUUUCCAAGGACGGCCAUAUUUAUUUCUCUCUCUCUCAACAUAUGCCUAACACCAAAACUUAUCGAUCUACUAUACAAACUUGGGAUUCUGUCACCGGACAUUGCCUGCAUACAUCGGACGAUAUUGACAAAGCGAUUAUGGAUAUUGUCACGUCUCCCGACAACCAGCAUGUGGCAUUUAUUGAGACAGCUGACAUUCGAGGGUACGGACAAAAAUAUUGGAUAUCGCCAGAUAGAGCCUGGUUGAUGAGAUAUUCGAAAAGGAUACUAUGGAUCCCUCCGGAAUAUCAGCCAUCCCAGGUUAUUGUAUCUCAAUCUCAACUUAUUUUAGGGUCCGGGAGCCGCAUUAUUACAAUGCUACUUGAUUAA